CUUACACUCAGCAGCAACUCAGCAGUACUUUACUUUCAUAAACUUUCACGUUGACUGUCAUAUUUUUUGUCACUUUCACAUCUUCGUCGAUUCACUCAUAAGACUCAUUUCCUGGUAACAGUGAUCGUUGAAUAUUAGAGGCCAGCGCCAUAGCUCCCAUGGCUGCCCCGCAGGUAUCUGCAGCGCAAGCCAUCGGUGAGUACCUCCAAUCUCCUGAUGAUCUCAUGAAAGUAUCGGCGUUCCGGAAGAAACUGGAGAAAGAGAGGGCCUCCAUCGACGCCAGACUUAAAAGUGGAGUCAAGGAACAGCUUGAUGCAACACGGGAAGGACUCACGAAAUUGCUUGGGACGCGGAACAACGUUCAGGUCAUAAAGGAGGAGAUGCAGACUGUGGACAGGAUGUGCUCCGACCCUCAGAAUGUCAUAUCAACGUUCGACCAGAUCAGCAGGGUGUCCAUGGUGCACAGGAAUUUCGAACAAACAGAGGAAAUGGUCAAUAAUCUACUAGAGAUCAACUCAAAACUUGACAUCCUCGAGGAAUUGCUGGACGCAGAUAGCAGAGAUAUCAUCGGGCCCGCUCCUAAUCUCCUUCCAAUCCACUUUCACAUCAACCGUCUGGAGGCAUUCCGAAAUCAGACCAUGCAUCAGGCAAAGAAAGCUUCUGCCGCCUCGCGCCAUAAACUUGCGCGUAUGUUUGAGCGGUUAAACAAGCUCAGCGAAGACUUCGAGGCAUACCUCCUGGAGUUAGCCCGCAAUGUGCUACCGCUUGUGCGUGCAGGGUAUCCGCAAGUGGUGGUAAAGCUCAUCAAAAUCGUAGAGCUCGAGGGGCGUGAAGACGAAAAGGCCAUUGCUAUCAGGCUCGUCAAAAAAGCGGCCAAGCUGGAUGCCGCAUCUAAAUUCAAGUCCAUGCAGGCAAAUGCUCGUCUCAUCAAGCACUAUCGCUCUAAAACUACCAAAGCCAUAUCUGACUCCAUCAAGGCCAAUUUUGACGACGCAUAUACGCGACAUCAGCGCGACCCUGGCGCCUUCCUUGGUGGCCUUGGUUGGAUAUACCAAGACCUCAUUCGCAUCGAAAGCGACGUGGUACCAUGCUUCCCACCGAGCUACGAGAUACAUACGUUCUAUAUCAAGGAGUACCACCGCACUCUAAACGCAACCCUUCAGCGCGUGAUUGAUUCAGAGCCCGAUGCGAGCAUCAUGCUCGAUCUUCAUGCAUGGAUUAAGGAGUACAAGAAGAGCAUGAAAGAGCUCAAUGUGGCGCCGGAGCUCCUUGAUCCGCCGCUGCUCGGUGGCGAGGAGCAGAAUCUCAUCGAGGACUACUUGAAAUUGAUCGUCAAGAAGCUCGAUGAAUGGUCUGCGAACCUAAUGAAGACGGAGAUUCAGGAAUUCACCACGCGCUCGGAGCCACCUGAGGUGGAUAGUGACGGAAUGUACGGCACGCAGGGCGCGGUAAUCCUGUUCCAGAUGGUGAAUCAACAGAUCGACGCAGCGACAGAAAGUGGUCAGGGAGCGAUCCUUGCUCGUGUGGUGAGUGAGGUGAAUCGAGUUAUGAGGAGCAUACAGGAUCAAUGGACCAAAGUUGUUGAAACAGAGUUGAAGAAGCAGACUGAGAAACCGGAGGAGGUCGUCGGGGGGCUAGCGGAGUACUGCAUUGCACUUGCCAACGACCAGAUCAAGUCUGCCGACAACACCGAAGCACUGCUGGGACGACUCGAGCCCCUUGUAUCAGAGAAGUACCGAACACCCAUCAAUGAGAAACUCAACGACGCCAUUGAUGGCAACCUGGAUGUUGCGAAGAAAUGCAUUCAAACAUUCAUUGACAUCAUCCUCAAUGAUUUGAAACCCGCGACGAAGCAACUUUUCCAGCCACCAUGGUAUGACGGUAUCAUGGAACAAAUCGUGCUUACAAUGCGGGACUAUAUGGCCGAUCAAUCCUAUAUUAACCCCUCGCUCCUCGAACUUCUUGUCGAGUAUCUGCUUGACGCCUUCCUGGUGACAUAUCUCACCGCGCUCGCCAACUGCCCGAAGUUACGCAUACCAGCAGCAACAGGGAGGAUCAAAGAGGACAUCAGCACGGUGUUCUCGUUCUUCAGCGGGUUCAAACCUGCUAAAGAGCUCGAGCCAUACUUCGAGGUAGUGGAGAUGAUCCUAGCGAUGUUGGAAGCGUCUAAAAGUAUGGCUUUCCUGUCGUUCUGGGCCUUCGCGAAAGUGCACGGGCCAUGUAUACCGUUCGUGGAAGGUUUGAUGAAAGCUCGAGGAGAUUUCGAUCGUUCGGCUGCCAAUGAAGUUAUGGAUAGCAUCAAGCGCAAAGUCAAAGACGAAGGCCUCGCUGAUCCUCCUGAGCCGACCAUCAUGAAGAAGAUUGCAGUUCAGAGCACGCUAUCACGUUUCUUGCGGACAUGAUUCGACUAACUUUUUUUUCCACCUACUGCGCAUUUCACUGUAUUGUACUUGCAUGAUAUCCACCAUAU